UUAGUUCACCGGGGUUCAGCGCAACGAGCUAGCGUUGCCGUACCGGCCCUUGCCUGCGAACCACGCACACGGACCGACAAAGAGGUGGCUUCUACAGUUCAGUGCGGACUACAUGAGGGCAAACGCAGACGACUUUACGGUUGCCAGGCACUUCGAGGCCUACUUACUGUGGCUGUUCGGCUGGGUCAUGUUCUGCAGCUCGCAGGGUGACUCGUGCCCCAAACAGCUCAUUCCUUUGGCGAGGUCGAUAGCUGAUGCUCCACUUCACGAGAUGCCACAGUUCAGCUGGGGUUCUGCUGUUUUGGCUGCGAGUUACAUGGGUCUUUGCACGGGCGUGACGAAGAUCUCAGCAGAGGAGCCCAUUUUUGUUGGGUGUCCUCUACUGUUACAGCUCUGGUCUUACGAGCGCUUUCCCGUCGGUAGGCCAGAGAUGGACUUCGAGCCGUACGUCCAGCUGUCCGCAGACCACGACGACGUCGACAGACCUACGAUGGGUUUGUUGUGGUGCCUCAGGAGGCCUUCUUGGGUCGGCGUGCAGACGAGGAAGUCGUACCACGACUUCGUUGGACAGUUUGACGCUCUUGUGGACACGGACGUGAGGUGGACUCCGUACACUGCAGCCGACAUUUACGCCCGGGCACCGAACGGUCUUUCGUCCUUAUGCCUGCGAGAUCACGAGUACUGGAUGACGAGGAAGCCGAUCCUUUACGACAUCCACGUCGAGGAGUACCACGUUCACCGGGUUAUGAGGCAGUUCGGUCUCUACCAGCAGACCCCGGUCCCGAUUGUGCACUCAGUGGAGGCCCACGUCCACAGGUGGACACGGCAGGGUCAGCCACCAGGCUCGCGGUGGGCCGACAAGGUCCGUCCUUACGUCGACUCUUGGGCCGCGGCCCUCGACGAUGUCGUUUUCGAGGAUCGGCCGCACAGCGACGAUGCGUUCGCAGACUACCUAUGGUGA